UCUUGCUAUAUUGCAGCACCUAAAUCCCAAAUAGGACCACGCCCCUUUUUGGUUAGAACAAGGCAUAGAUCAAAACGCCAGCUGCAGAUCGCCUGCAACUGCAGCUUCUCUAGACUCUAGCAAUAGCUUCUUCAACAGAUGAUAUCUCUUCUGAAGAAUUCAACCCUAGAAUUUUUGCAACCUCAAUUAGCUCUUCAACGUGAAGAUAAGCCCCAGGAUGCCCUGUGAUUGCCAUCUUGAUAAUCUCUGCCUCAGCUUUUAACAGUCCGGCGGCUACUAGAAAAUAUAUUCAAGCACUCCCUUGUUUUCCUAACAGUAACUGCAUCAAUGGUAUCGGCCGGCCACAUCUUUAUUUUAACUAAAUACACAACAUCAACAAUCUUAACACCAAUUAUAAUUUAUUUUACCAAGAUUAUAACCUUUUCACAGCGUUUAAAGAAAAUGUUACAACAUUUAUUUCACUAGACAGAUCAAAUCAUUGUAAUACAACAAACUCGUAGUAUUAGAGGCCCUACGUACUAACUAUCUCCUUAUCUUUUUAGCAAAAAAAUGUAAGUGGCUACAAUAGAAUCACUCAUCGUUGUAAAUACAGCUGGUUUGUGUCGUUUGGUGUUGACUGAGAAUAAUCAACUCUUUGUAUGAAUAGGUCUUCACCUGCGUUCUAACUAAAACACAUUCGCAUAUUUUCGUUAUACAGAUCGGUUGGUCGAAAAGCGAUCGAUUUUCAAGAGGAGACUUAUGGCUGAGCUAGCAGUGGCACUUUUACCGUUUGCAGUCGAGAGGCUUUGGAACCUCCUUGUCCGAGAAACUAAGCAAUUUCAAGGAGUUAAAGAGCAGUUUGAGGGAUUAAAAAAUGAUGUGGAUACGUUAAGGUGCUUUUUGAAAGAUGCGGAGGCCAAGAAACAUUCAAGUGAAAUGGUGAGAAAAGUUAUCAAAGACAUCAAAGAAAUUGUUUUUGAUGCAGAAGAUAUCAUAGAAACCUUUCUUCUGAAGAAAGAACUCGGAGAAUCAAGCAGCAGCAGCGUGAAAAGAUUUGCAUACGUUACUGUGAAAAGCAUGGUGCUUGGGUUUGAUAUGAAACCUAUAAGUAAGAGGAUCUCUAAGGUGAUCCUUGAUAUGCAGAAUCUUGACGUACAGAAGUUCAUUGUCAAUGAAGAGGAUAUGCAGUCUCUACUGGUAAAAGAAAGAGAACUGCGACAAACAUUUCCUACAAGUGACGAAGACCAUCUUGUUGGGUUAGAGAGAAGUGUUGAGAGAUUGGUUGGCUAUUUGGUGGAGGAGGAUGGCAGUCAAGUGGUUUCUAUAACUGGGAUGGGAGGUCUUGGUAAAACCACACUCGCAAGACAAGUUUAUAAUCAUGAGACGAUAAAAAGUCAUUUUCCAAAAGGAUUAGUGUGGGUUUGUGUUUCGCAACAGUUUGAAAGGAAGUGUGUCUGGCAGACAAUCUUGCGACAGCUCUGGCCAGAAUGCGAUGUGUCAAAGAUGAUGGAACAAGAACUUCGGGAGAAGAUUGUUCGAGUGUUGGAAACAAAAAAGGCUUUGAUCGUCAUUGAUGAUAUAUGGAGAGAAGGAGACUGGGAUCUAAUCAAGGAUGUGUUUCUGCCGAGAAAAGGAUGGAAGGUAUUAAUUACUUCUCGCAAUGAGGAAGUGGCAUUACAUGCUGAUAAACAAUGUGUCACCUUCAAACCAGAAUGCCUAACUUUUGAAGACAGUUGGGAUCUUUUUCAAAGAAUAGCAUUUCCUAUUAAAGACACAACUGAAUUUAAGAUUGAAAAAGACAUGAAAGAAAUCGGUAUGGAGAUAAUUAGACAUUGUGGAGGUCUACCACUGGCUAUUAAGGUGUUAGGGGCGUUGUUAGGUAAUAAAUACACAUUGCACGAGUGGAAACGGGUACGUGAGAAUAUUAAAGCUCCGACCCUUAGAGGGAGUGGCUCUGACGACAGAAAUUUCAAUUUGAAGGUUUAUUGUGUUUUGUAUCAGAGUUUCGAAGAGCUGCCUGCCUAUUUGAAGCAGUGCUUCCUUUACCUUGCUUGUUUUCCAGAAGAUUCUAAAAUAGAUGUGGAGAAAUUGUCAUAUUAUUGGGCUGCAGAAGGAAUACUAAUGUCAAUGGAUUUCGAUGGAGCCAGUAUUCGAGAGGUUGCAGAUGGAUACAUACAAGAAUUGGUGAAGAGAAACAUGGUUAUUUCUAAAAGAGACGUUGAUAAUUCAAGAUUUGAAACACUUCAGUUGCAUGACAUGAUGAGAGAAGUUUGUUUACGCAAAGCUGAAGAAGAGAAUUUCGUAGAAACCAUCGACACAUCAACCGAAAAUUCAAAAUCUCCUUGUAAAUCUCGCAGACUUGCUGUUGUACCUUGGCCUGGUGAAACAUUUAGUGUUGAUAAAGAGGUGAAGAAUCCAAGCCUUAGAACUCUCUUGUUUCUCGAGAGAAAAACACUGAUGGCAACAAGUUUAUUGUUUACAAGGCAUAAGCUGAUGAGAGUGUUAGAUCUCCCUUCGGUCGAGUUUAAAGGAGGGUUUAAGGUACCCUCUAGCAUCGGGAAGCUCAUCCACUUGAGAUAUCUUAGUUUAGUGGCGUCAGAUGUAACUCAACUGCCUUCUUCUAUGCGGAAUCUGAAGAAGCUGAUCUAUUUAAACCUAUAUAUAUGUUGGCCAAAUUCAGUCUACAUGCCCAAUAUCUUGAAUGAGAUGCGAGAAUUGACAUUCUUGUGUUUGCCGAAGAGCUUACAUGAUAAGACAAAGUUGGAAUUGGGAAAUCUGGUCAAGCUGGAGACGUUGAAGAAUUUCAGCACAAAGCACGGGAGAUUGACGGAUCUACAGGGUAUGACACGGCUCAGAUAUCUCUGUAUCUUUAUUACGGACGAGAGGUAUACUAUAGAAACUCUAUCUUCAUCUCUAAGUAAACUUUCACACCUGGAGAGUCUUACAAUAUAUAACGACAACAAGUUUUAUACUCCCACGAAUGAUGAUGAAGAAGGAUUUGUUUGGGAUUUUGUUAAUCUCAAAGAGCUCAAGUUGGAGAUAUAUAUGCCAAAGUUACCUGAUGCGCAACGCUUUCCUUCUCACCUUACAACCAUAAGUCUUAAGCAGUCUCGUUUGAAGAAGGAUCCAAUGCCUAUUCUAGAGAAGUUGAUUCACUUGAAAGAGAUUUGUUUAGGGGGUACAUCUUUCUGUGGGAGAAGAAUGGCUUGCUCGAGGGAUGGGUUUCCUCAACUGCAGAAGCUAGAAUUUUGGGGAUUAGAGGAGUGGGAAGAGUGGAUAGUAGAACAAGGCUCCAUGCCCCUUCUCCAUACUCUCGAAAUUAAGAAUUGCAGAAAAUUAAAGGAGCUUCCUGAUGGGCUCCGAUUCAUCACUAACUUGGAGGAUCUGAGUGUUAAGUAUAUGGGAGAUGAGUUCAAUUUGAGAUUAUCAGAAGGAUACUUGCCUUCUCACCUUACAACCAUCUGUCUAAGUGGUUGUCAUUUGACAGAGGACCCAAUGCCUAUUUUAGAGAAGCUUCUUCAGUUGAAAGAGAUUAGUUUACAUGAAGGAUCUUUCUGUGGGAGGAGAAUAGUUUGCUCGAGGGAUGGGUUUCCUCAAUUGCAGAAGCUACUAUUUUGGGGAUUAAAGGAGUGGGAAGAGUGGAUAAUAGAAGAAGGCUCUAUGCCCGUUCUCCAUACUCUCUCUAUUCAGAAUUGCAGAAAAUUAAAGGAGCUUCCUGAUGGGCUGCGAUUCAUCACUUCCUUAAACGAUCUUACUGUUGGUGACUCAAGUAUUAGAUUGUCGGAAACCUGCUUGCCUUCUUUCCUUACAACCAUAUCUCUAGUUGGUUUGACAGAGGAUCAGAUGAUGAUUCUAGAGAAGUUGCUUCACUUGAAAGUCGUUAGUUUAUGUACUUCUAUCUGUGGGAGGAGAAUGGUUUGCUCAAGGGAUGGGUUUCCUCAAUUGCAGUACCUUCAAUUUUAUGGAUUAGAGGAGUGGGAAGAGUGGAUAAUAGAAGAAGGCUCUAUGCCCCUUCUCCAUACUCUCGAUAUUCAGAAUUGCAGAAAAUUAAAGGAGAUUCCUGAUGGGCUGCGAUUCAUUACUUCCUUGAAAUGUCUGACCUGUUAUGGUAUGGCAGAGGCAUGGGAGAAGAGACUGUCGGAAGGAGGAGAAGAUUAUUACAAAGUCCAACACAUCCCCUCUGUUAAACUCUGUUGUUAUUGAUCUCGGCAAUGCUCAGUCAGUCAGCAGCUGAAGAAGACUCUCAGCAAUUACGGACUAUCAGUGGCAAACAGAGAUUUCCAUGGCACACAAGGAGUGGAUGAUGCGGUGAAGCUGUUAGACAAAAUGUCUUACUGAGGACAUUUGAUCUCAUGUACCGUUGUUGACUGAGAGAGGUGAAAUAUGUUAAGAUUCUUAUAUAUAAGAUUUCUCUUUACAUUUUCUUCUAUUUGUUCUUCUCAAGCGACUAGGCUUUGAAAAUUUCCGUAUAGAACUGUGAUGAAACUCUUUGCUUGCCUCUCUAUAAAAGAUUUAUGGAUUUGAUUUCACAGAA